CGAAAGCCUUGCAAUUUAAUGGACAUCCCACAGCCUACGCCAGCUACGCCUACGGAGCUUUUGAUUUCCGCAACGGAGACUAUGGCUUCUAUCUGAUCGUACACCCCGGUCAGUCCUGGCAGUCAUCAUGGCGUAUUAUCCAGAAUUAUACUGAGCAAGUACAAUGGGUGAUUGAUUUACGGACGAAGAAGUGUGCGAAACAGCCAAUCACACAACCAGCACCUAAUAAUUGCGUUCCCGGCGAUGCCAAGUUCCAAAUGAAUAUUUCUUUUGGAGGCAAGAAUGGACUGGUAGCAGAUGCUUACUCUUAUGGAAUCCACUAUCCCCAUGUUCAUGAGGACACAUUGGCAUAUGCCACCGUCGUCCACGAGAACUGUUAUCCACUUACCGUCGAACUCAUCGGGCAGGAGUUUAUCCCAUUUCUGAAUUCAACAGUUCCGUUCCUGAGCACAUCUAGCUUUGUAGACAUGACCGUUGGGAUUCCUCACCCUAAUCUUUGGUUUACACUACCGAAAUUCUGCCGCGGGGGUCACCGUGUGUCACCACGCUUUUCUCGAGCUCAACCAGAUUUCGAUCUCAAGGCUUACCACAUGCCAACUUUCUUCUAAGACACCAUAGGCCCGUUUCAUAAAACUUUUUUUUAUAAUAAACAAUUUGCAUUAACAGUUAAAAGCUCCUGAAAUCCACCAUUCUGAUUGGCUGGUAGAAAAUUUGUCAUAGAAAUCGUGCAUUUUGUUUUUAUAACGAGUCUUUGUGAAACGGGGCCCAGUUCAUCACCUUCGACCUCUGUCUUCACAAUUUCGUUAAUUCUAAUUUUGAGUCCGAUUAGUUAUAGGUAUUGGCAUAUAUAGCCAAAAUUGAUGCACAAUAUGUUUUUAUAAAUUUAAUUGAAAACAGUUCAUAUAAAAGUAAAAGGUAAUUGCAGAAAAUCUACAUGAUUUGGAGAUAAUACUGCUUGUUGUACAAUACUCAUUUGUGAGGCUGAGAUGCAUUAGUGUAUCGCUCUAAAUAAGAGUUACACCACUAUGAGAAUGCAUCACUAAUUUGAAGAAAAUACUACUUGAUUGUAAUGAUACCCUCUCCCAUCGAGGUCAAAUAAAGCAAGCUGAUUAUCUUAA